CAUCCACUGCAGUUUUAGAGACACAACGAACUCAGUCAGCUUUGAAGCAACAAUGACAGCACUAAAUAUAUUUUUUUGAAGACAUUAGUGUGGGUGUUUUGUGUCAAUAGCAUCAUGCGAAACAAUUUUUUACUUACCUUCCAUCACUUGCCCCCUUUGCUUACUUGCAGUACCACUUACUCCUGCGUUGCUGUCUGGGAGGGCGAGCGCGUUGAGAUCAUUGCUAACGAGCAAGGUAACCGUACAACACCAUCAUAUGUUGCCUUCUCCGACUCGGAACGUCUUAUUGGUGAUGCUGCCAAGAAUCAGGCUGCUAUGAACCCAACCAACACUGUUUUCGAUGCCAAGCGUCUUAUCGGUCGCCGCUUCGAUGACCCUGAGGUCAAGGCUGACAUGAAGCACUGGCCCUUCACUGUCAUUGAGAAGGACACUGCUCCCUUCGUUCAGGUUGACUAUCAGGGUGAGAAGAAGGAAUUCUCCCCUCAGGAGAUCUCUGCCAUGGUCUUGACAAAGAUGAAAGAGAUCGCUGAGGCCAAGCUCGGCAAGACUAUCACUAAGGCUGUCAUCACUGUUCCUGCCUACUUCAACGAUGCUCAGCGUCACGCCACUAAGGACGCUGGUGCCAUUGCUGGUCUUGAUGUUCUCCGUAUUAUUAACGAGCCAACCGCUGCCGCUAUCGCCUAUGGUUUGGAUUCUAAGGAGACCAAGGAGAAGCACGUUCUUAUUUUCGAUCUUGGUGGCGGUACGUUCGAUGUCUCUCUUUUGACCAUCACUGGAGGUGUCUUCGCCGUCAAGGCCACAGCUGGAGAUACUCACUUGGGAGGUGAAGAUUUCGAUAACACUCUCUUGGAACAUUUCAAGGAGGAGUUCAAGCGCAAGCACAAGAAGGACAUCUCUGGUGAUGCUCGUGCCACCCGCCGUCUUCGCACUGCUUGCGAACGUGCCAAGCGCACCUUAUCUUCAUUGGCUCAAACCACCAUUGAAGUCGACUCUUUGUUCGAGGGUGUUGACUUCCAGGCCAACAUUACCCGUGCUCGUUUCGAGGAGCUUAACUCGGCCCAUUUCAACAACACUAUUGAGCCCGUCAAGAAGGUUCUUAAGGAUGCCAAGUAUACCAAGAAGGAGAUUGAUGAGAUUGUUCUCGUUGGUGGUUCCACACGUAUCCCCAAGAUCCAAUCGCUUCUUCAGGAGUACUUUGAUGGAAAGGAGUUGAACAAGUCGAUCAACCCCGAUGAGGCUGUUGCCUAUGGUGCUGCUGUUCAGGCUGCUGUCUUGACCAACCAGGCAGGUAAUGCCAAGACUCAGGACCUCUUGCUCUUGGAUGUCGUUCCUCUCUCUCUUGGAGUUGAGAUGCAGGGCGGUGUUAUGGCUGUUGUUGUUCCUCGUAACACUGCCAUUCCCACCAUCAAGAAGAAGACCUUUACCACCACUGAGGAUGGUCAGACCACUGUCCAAUUCCCUGUAUAUGAGGGUGAGCGUCCUAUGACUAGGGAUAACAAUCUGUUGGGCAAGUUUGAGCUCUCUGGUAUUGCACCCAUGCCCCGUGGAACUCCCGAGCUCGAGUGCACAUUUGAAUUGGAUGCCAAUGGUAUCCUCAAGGUCACAGCCAUGGACAAGGCUACUGGUCGCAAGGCUAACAUUACUAUCACUAAUGGAGCCGGUCGUCUCUCGGCUGCAGAGAUUGAACGCAUGGUCUCUGAGGCUGAGCAAUUCAAGGAUGAGGAUCGCAAGAACGAGGAGAUUGUGCAAUCGAAGCAGGAACUUGAGUCGUAUGUCUACCAGAUCCAGGGUACUCUUAACGAGCCCAAUGUCUCUAUGAAGCUCAAGCGCGCAGACAAGAAGGCCGUUGAGGAAGCUCUUGAGGAGGCCAUGGCUACUCUUCAGAUCGAGGAACUUGCUGAGAAGGAUACCUUUGUCCUUGCUCAACGUAAGCUCAAGCGUUCUGUCACUAAGGCAUUUGCAGCUCUCUCUCGUUAA